AGAACAGUAGAAGUUUCCUUCAUUUGAAAGUGGAAACUAGAAACCUGCGAGUGCCAGUCCCCUAAUAGCUAUACCUGCAAUUAUCGAUUUCAUGGACUCCAAUGAACAGGAGCAAAUGGCGGUGGUGGUUGCAGAAGAGGGUCAUCAAUCAGUAUCAGAAUCAGUUUUUCCUUUCCCCUACUGGAAACCCACUCGUCGGAGGUUUUGUCCAGACGAUUCAUUCUUCGUAUCAGGAAGUAUAGAAAGAGAGCUUCUUGCCAAACAGGUUGCCUUAGAUUUGAAUGAAGAUGAAAGGUAUCAUCAUGAAGAUGUGGAAGAUGGAAAAGACCGGGAUCUGUUUUGCCCUAUUGUUGGUUGUGGUGCACGAUUGAAUCCUUUGGAAGAUUUCGAAGAUCACUACAAUGCUCGGCAUACUGCAUCAUGUUCAGUUUGCUCUAGAGUUUAUCCAACAUCGCGACUGCUUAGUAUACAUGUAUCAGAAGCACAUGAUUCAUUCUUCCAGGCGAAAGUUGCACGUGGCAUUCCCUCGUAUGAAUGCUUGGUGGAAGGGUGUGGAGUGAAGCUAAAGAGCUACAAAAGUCGGCAACAGCACCUAGUGGACAAGCAUAAAUUCCCUACUUCGUUUGAGUUCUUCAAGAAGGCGGCUCACCCAUCUAAGAAACAGCGUCAGAAGCAUCAGCGUAAGCAAACAAAGGUAGGUGAUGAUGAUAGAAAGAGAGAUGGCAAUGAGAAAAUGGAAGUGGAAGAAACGAUGGAUGGUCUUGUGAAGGCAGUCUCAAAAUUAAGCACAUCCUCAGAUUCUUCUCCUUCCUCUAUUAGCUUUGGGCGUCGCCAUGCUCGUGGUUACACUUUCAUCCCUCGAUCAGUUCAGCGAGAAAGAAAGCAAUAAUAGGCUUCGUCUGCGGGAAAAGGAAAAAACAUAGCUUGCUUGCUGAUUCGUUGUGUAUGGAAUUGUAAUGUAUGCUGACGCGACUAAAAAGGUUGGGUUCUAAGAUUAUUUUUGGCAUACGAAAACUUCUCAUUUUUCUCA